AUGGAGCCCAAGGUGUCCCCCCCUGCCCUCCCUCCCGAGGUGGCCCCGGCAAAGGCUGCACAGGACCGGGCCCUGGCGGCCCUGGUGGCCCUGGCCGAGGCCUUGGGGACACCAGACAGCGUCCCCACGGCAUUGGCUGAGGCUGAGGCCGCGCUGAGCCAGGCCCAGGAGGCCCUGAAGGGGCUGGAGAGGGCCCGGGAGGCCGCGGUGGCCCCGGCGGUGGCCCUGGGGACCCUGGGGGACGAGGACGAGCAGCGGCUGCGGCAGCUCGGGGCCCUGGCCGAGGCGGCGGCGGCGACACUGGAGGGAGAGGAGCGACGGGCACGGCAGUGCCAGCGCUGGCUGCGGGCUGGGCAUGGGCUGACCAUGGGGCUGAUGGUGCUGUGCGGGGCCGUGCUGUCCCUGGACUUGGCCCGCGCUGCCCUGGGGGUGUCCGAGGACGGUCACCUGCUGCUGGUCCUGACUGUGGUGGCUGUGUCCUGCCAGGUGGCCUGGCGGAGCUUGGGGACAUCGCGGCGUCACCUGGCCACUGCUGCGCGCCACCAGCGGGACAUGGCCCUGCGCCUGUGGGACCGUGCCCGGCGGGUGGCGGCCACCAGGGCCAGCACCGAGGCCGCCGCGGCCACCAACGAGGCCACCGCGGGUGUGCUGGGGCGGCUGGAGAAGGUGACACUGGCGCUGGGGACGUUGGUGGCCGCUGUCACCCGGGACAGGGAGGUGACACCCUGGGGCACACGGAGACAGGGCUUCCCCAGCGCUGCCCGGGCGCUCGGGGACAUCGUGGUGGCCUUGGGGACACCGGGGGAGGGGCACGAGGAGGUGACGCGGAGGCUGGAGGUGGCCCAGGGGGCGCUGGCGGGGCAGGGGUAG